UCUUCCCUCAUGCCAACCAUCGUUGAUUUCUUGUUUGUCUUCUCAUCCUUCUCCGCCUUUUCUUAAAUGUUCUUUGGGUUCUUUUGUGAAACCGUAUUUAAUCACUACCCUUGAUUGGGAAUCUCCACUAGGAGACGAGAGACUGAAUGGUAAUACUUGAGAAAAUACGUGGGCAUUAUCGAAUAUUCAGUUUCGGCUGCCGAAUAAAGAACGCAAUAGCUUACCAACUUUGCUCAACACUGCAAUCCAGGCGGCACAGGAAAAAGGGAACACAUUUGCAGAAACUAAGGUAUUGAUUACAAUAUUUAUCAAGAAUAGGGAAUCUUAUCGGUGUCUGCAACAAAAUGGGAUCCGAGGGCCCAACACCGGUAACGAUUCAUGUCACUGGCUUCAAAAAGUUUCAAGGUGUUCCCAAAAAUCCUACUGAGAGACUUGUAACCAAUUUGAGAAGUUAUGUAGAAAAGAGAGGAUUGCCAGCUGGUGUCACAUUGGGUAGCUGCAUUGUUCUUGAAACUGCCGGAGAAGCAGCACUUCCCGCGCUAUGCAGGGUCAUAGAAUCGGGGACUAGUGCAACAAAUAGUUCAAGUGGUAGACAAGUCGUAUGGCUUCACCUGGGGGUAAAUAGUGGGGCAUUUAAGUUUGCAAUUGAGCAGCAGACAGUAAAUGAAGCUACUUUUCGAUGUCCAGAUGAGCUUGGCUGGCAACCUCAACAACUGCCUAUCAUUGCAGAAGAUGGAGGAAUAACUUGCAAAAGAAAGACAUCUUGCUCUGCCGAGGCAAUACUAGAGUUGUUAAAUAAGAAACGGUAUGAGGUGACCAUUUCAGAUGACGCAGGCCGGUUUGUAUGCAACUAUGUAUAUUACCAUUCACUUCGGCUCGCAGAAGAAAAAGGUCAUAAAACUCUGUUUGUCCAUGUUCCUCCCUUCUAUAGAAUCAGCGAGGAAACCCAGAUGCAGUUUGUAGUGGCAUUGUUGGAGGCCAUUGCAUCAACUUGUUGAUUUCUUUGACUUGAAAUCUUAAAUGUAAACUAGAAGGCUGUGCUUUUGUUUGUUUGUUUUUUUCUUUUUUUCACAUUCACCUUUCACCCAAAUGUAUUGC